UCCCACCUCCCAAAAUAAGUUUAUCUGACUAUGAAACUCAUGGGAAACGCACCAUCGCCUCCUAACUUAAAUCAGACAGUAAUUCCUGCCAUUACAUCUCUUUAAGAGGCACUCUGUCCGGCUUAUCGAGAAAUCCAUUAGAAAAAAGAACAGGCCAGAUCACUGCAGAACAAGAAAUUAAUUACUGAAUUCAGUCAUUCAGUUAUGAAUCUGCCCCAUACUGUUUUAGCACAUACUCUGUAUUGGGAUGUUUUGGGAUCCUCUCCCCUACAGAACACUGCAAGAACUCCAGGCUUUGGCAACAUGGGCAAAAGUUUUCUGAUAGACAACCUGUUGAGACUUGACGAUCAUCAUCAUCAUUAUCCCUCUCAGCAUCACAAGGUUCCGACAAGUGGUGAUCUGCGGAAGCCUUGUCUCAACACGGCGGAACAAAUCAGCCCUUCAGGGGGUCCCGCUUGUACAAGUUGGGCUUUUGAGCUCGUUAACCCCUGCUCCGACAGACAUCCAGUCACACAGUCUGCAAACAGAGAGCUCGACUUCCGACCGCUACAGCAGCUCAGUGCAGCAGAUGUUUCAAAACACUUCUUUCCAAGAAUUCCUCCAUUCUUCCUGACAUGCUGUGGGGGGUCCUGUCAGCACCCUGCCUCCCCCACUGCUUUUCCAAAAGAAAGUAUUUUGCCUAUAUUGACUGAAACAACUGAUGCCAAAACAAGAAAAGGUAUCCUGAGGAGGGCAGUUUUCUCCGAAGACCAGAGAAAGGAACUGGAAGCAAUGUUUCAGAAACAGAAAUAUAUAAGCAAAGUAGACAGAAAAAAGCUUGCAACUAAUCUUGGACUGAAGGAGUCACAGGUAAAGAUUUGGUUCCAGAACAGACGAAUGAAAUGGCGAAACUCUAAAGAAAAAGAAAUACUUUCGAACAGAUGUGCCCAUGACAAUUCUCCACAAGAAAGUGAUAUUUCAGUGUCUUCAAAUAGUUACAGUCCACAGUGCACACCGUUUAAUGUUUCUUUCACUAAGGAAAAAAAGGCAAAUACUGAAUAUAGUGAGAAGUCUCCUGUAAUAUCAGAAGGACAAAUAUGCAGGAAUACAUCAGUAUUUGAAAGAUCCAGGUUACUUGGAAAAAGACUGUUUUUAUACCCAGAACCAGGAAACAGUCGCAGAUAAUAUUGAGAGAAUAAGCAAAAAUAUGAUCAAAGUGAGGUAUAAAUUUGCUAUUAGUGUCAAGGUUUUUAUAUGACUAAACAUGUACUACAAAACAUUGGUCAACAACUUAAAAAAUGGAAAAUAUCACCAAAUCAAUGUAACUAUUUUUUUAUGAGUUACUAAACUGUUUUACAUUUUAAUAUGCUCUACUUUUACAUUUUGUAAUUGAAAGCACUGCUUUUUUAAGCUAUUUAAAGUUUUGAUAAGUAUGGUCCCAUUUGCUGAUGACAUUUGCUGUGUACUCUAGAUAACAGAAACAACAAUAUGUUAUGUUAAAUUCCUUAUUACAAAUUACUCAUAAAGUCCAACAGGCAGACCAGCUGUUUUACAUACAUCAGUCUUAAACUGUUCAGGAAAAUUACACAUCUUCAUUGUGGGUGAAUAAUUACUGAGUACAUCAAGACUUCUAAAACUAAACAGAAAAUUAUAAGAGUCUGUUUGGAAUUUCUUAGUUUCGUAUUCAUUAAUGUUCAUAAAUUUACAGUCAUAGUUAAAAUCUGCCAUGUACACUGACAUGAUUAAUUUAAUCUGAAGUUGUAAACUCAAUGUAAAUAAUGUUUAUUGUGUGGUUCAAGUAUGUAAAUAGAUACUAAAUAAUGGAAACUUUAUUAAAAGUUUGUAUUAUAAGGCA